AUGCAGCGCUGACAGCCGGUCUGCUGCAGCUGCUGCUGCAGGGUCUGCGCGGCAGCAGGCCGUCUGAAGUACUGGCGCUGCCCUUAGACAUUUUGAAGCGAGCCAAUCUGCAGCAGUUUGUAGCAAUCAGCCGCAUGAACGGCUUUGUCAACAUAUUACGGAAGAUGAAGCAACAGGCAGCAGCAGCAGCAGCAGCUGCUGCUGCUGGUGCUGCUGCUGGUGCUGCAGCAGCACAACCUUAG